AUGGUAGGGUCUUUAAUGUUUCUUGAGCUAAUGGUGGUGAUGGAGGCACAGCCACUGGUUCCAUCCAUGUUCAUCUUUGGUGAUUCGGUGGUUGAUGUUGGAAACAACAAUGAUAUCUACACAAUCGUUAAAGCUAAUUUUCCUCCUUAUGGAAGAGACUUCACAACCCAUAAACCCACCGGACGCUUCUGCAAUGGAAAGUUAGCUACUGACUUCACCGCUGAGAAUCUUGGAUUCACAUCAUACCCACAAGCUUAUCUAAGCAAAAAGGCAAAAGGAAAAAACCUUUUGACUGGAGCUAACUUUGCCUCUGCAGCCUCCGGUUAUUACGAUGGCACAGCCAAGCUCUACGCCAACAGAUCAGACACAUCAAUGUGUUGUGCGUAUAUCAGAGACACAAACGACAUGUACACAUGA